AUGAUGGAUGCUCGAAAGAAGAAGAGAAAGGUGCUCUUGAUGGGAAAGAGUGGAUCGGGAAAGUCGUCCAUGCGCUCUAUCAUUUUCAGCAAUUAUGUCGCAAAGGAUGUCCGGCGCCUAGGCGCUACAAUUGAUGUCGAGCACAGCCAUGUCAAGUUCAUGGGCAACCUGACAUUGAACCUGUGGGAUUGCGGAGGACAAGAUGCAUUCAUGGAAACCUAUCUCGCCUCGCAACGAGGCAACAUCUUCUCCGACGUCGCAGUCCUAAUCUACGUUUUCGACAUCGAAUCCCGAGAAGUCGACCGCGAUCUGGACACCUACCACGCCAUAAUCGAAGCACUCCGCGAAUUCAGCCCCAACGCCUAUGUCUUCUGCCUGGUGCACAAAAUGGAUCUAAUCCAAGCCGAGCACCGCCAACGCAUCUACGAAGAGCGCUCCGCCGUAAUCCGCAGCCGAUCGGCCAACUUCCGUGUCGACACUUUCGCUAGCAGCAUCUGGGACCAAUCGCUGUACAAAGCCUGGGCAGGGAUCGUCCACAAGCUGAUCCCGAACUUGGUCGUCAUCGAGCGCUUCCUAAACGCAUUUUCAAAGAAAAUCAACGCAGAAGAAGUCAUUUUGUUUGAGCGAUCAACCUUCCUCACAGUCACAUCCGUGACUUCCGAAGUUGGCGAAUUAAACCCGAUCUACGAUCGCCACGAACGCCUCUCCAACAUCAUGAAGGCCUUCAAGCAUUGCGCAGCCCGCAACACGCUCACCACGCCUGCAUCUGCCGGCUUCGUCGUCAUGCACACCAAGACCCCACAGUUCAACAUCUUCCUUGGCCGCUUCACGGAUAACACCUAUAUCUUCCUUGUCGUGCCUCCUGGCGAGGCAUCCUACAACUGCGCCGUGCUGAACACCAUGCUCGCCCGCGAGGGCUUCUCGAAAGCAGCGGCCGGCGGCGGUGGCGAUGGCUUCCCCCUCCCUCCCCCAGAGUCAUUGGACGAUAGCAACGGGACUAAUGGGUCCGUU